AUGCGUGUAGCAGCUCUCAACUCCUUCAGACUUCUCCCCCGGCGCCAUUCUCGGCUCGUCUUUCGAGCUUACGCGACCGCGUCUAGAUUGACAAGUCCGACGAGCCAAGAUGUCGCUCACUUUGCUGGAUUUCUCCCAGAAAGCUCAAUAAUAACAUCUCUCGAGGGCUCUAAAUUCUCGAAAAAGGCAGAAUCAGCCGAUUUGGAGCAGUAUAAUGCAGACUGGAUGGGCAAAUACAUGGGGAAAUCCCGAGUAGUGCUUCGGCCAAAGACAACCGAAGAUGUGAGCAAGAUUAUGAAGCAUUGCUGGGAGAGACGGAUAGGAGUCGUGCCUCAGGGAGGCAAUACUGGCCUGGUGGGCGGUGGCGUACCGGUCAAUGACGAGGUCGUACUGAAUCUGUCUGCCAUGAACUCGGUUCGUUCUUUCGACCCAGUCUCCGGCAUCCUCGUCGCCGACGCCGGUUGCGUACUCGAGGUCCUAUCGCAGGAGAUUGCACCUCACGGAUACAUCAUGCCCGUAGACCUGGGUGCAAAGGGAAGCUGCCAUAUUGGCGGCAAUGUCGCUACCAACGCAGGUGGUUUACGGUUACUUCGAUAUGGUUCACUCCAUGGUACCGUCCUGGGUCUCGAGGUGGUAUUGCCCGAUGGUACCAUCAUCGACCAGCUCUCAACACUGCGCAAGGACAAUACUGGGUACGAUCUCAAGCAGCUAUUCAUUGGUGCAGAAGGCACUCUUGGUGUUAUUACUGGUGUCUCCAUUCUUACACCGCCGAUGCCACAGUCGACGAACAAUAUUGUUCUGGCGCUCAACUCCUUUGAGAGCGUCUUGCCAAUCUUCAAGAAGACACGGACUCAGCUUUCGGAAAUCCUGUCUGCAUUCGAGUACUUCGACCGCAACGCCUAUAAUCUCGUCGUCAAGCACAAACUAGGAAAAUCGCUAGCUGAGGAUGAAAUUGGCGAUGCAUCAGCCUUUGUUCUCAUCGAAACCAGCGGCGGCAACAAGGAACACGAUGAAGCGAAACUUCAAGAUUUCCUCGAAGAAGUCAUGAGCGACGAGUCUUUGGUUAAAACCGGCGUUCUUGCACAAGCUACUGAACAGUUCCAACAACUUUGGUCUCUUCGGGAGUGCAUUCCUGAAGCCGUCUCGAAAGAGGGCAAGGCGUACAAGUACGAUAUUAGCGUUCCAAUCACGACCUUUGAAGAAGUUGUGCAUAAGACACGCGAACAACUGAAGAGCAAGAAUCUCUACAAAAUUCCUGGAGGUGUAAAGGAAGUGGUCGGCUAUGGUCAUAUUGGCGAUGGUAAUCUACAUCUCAAUGUCGUUGCCGAGAAGUACAGUCCGGAG